AUGCCCGGUUUAAAUAAACUUUUGAGAGGAAUUUUGAAGUACCGAACCAAUCUUCAGCCCCAUGUCCUCAAACAGUUUCAGAGAGUUAAGGACAAUCCCCAACCUUCGUCAGUGAUGUUUUCCUGCAUGGACAGUCGGCUGAUCAUCACUAAAAUGAUCAAUCAGGACGUUGGGGACAUGUUUUUAGUGAGAAAUGCAGGCAACCUCAUCCCAAACAAUGAUUCCUUAAGCUUUGAUUCAGUAACUACAGAACCUGCUGCACUGGAAUUAGGAUGUGUCAUCAAUAAGAUUAGACAUGUUUUGGUCUGUGGCCAUUCUGAUUGCAAGGCAAUGAAUGCUCUGUAUGAGAUGAUGGACAGUGUUCAGAAGCAUGAAGGAACACCUCUGCAGAUUUGGCUGAAGAGACAUGGAGCUAGAACUAUUGUUAAAUAUAAGGAAUUGUUGCAAGUUGGAGGUGUUGGCCCAAUAAAAUUUCAAGCGGAGACACCAGAAAAAGUUUUUGAUGCUUACAUAGAUGUUGAUAAUAAAUUCAAGCCAGUUGAUAAACUUUCACAAGUUAACACUUUACAGCAACUGCAGAACAUUGCCAGCUAUCCAUUUUUACGUGACAAGUUAGAGUCAGGCCUGGUACGCAUGCAUGCACUCUGGAUUGAUAUUUACACUGGGGACUUCUACAUGUUCUGCAGAGAUUACAAUAGGUUUGUUCUAGUCGAUGAAGAAAGCUAUCAAAAUCUCCUUGAUGAUGGGGAGAGUGUCACUGAUUAUUAG